AUGGAGCCCCCUGCGCUUGGGUUCACAAUCAGCACAGCUGAUCCUUCGCUUCUCUUAUUUCAUCAAGACUCCAUUUUUGUCUAUGUCCUUGUAUAUGUUGAUGACAUUCUUAUAACAGGAAAUAGCAGCAUUGCAAUUACCAAGCUUAUCUUUCAACUAAGUGAUCAAUUCAAGAUUAAAGAUCUUGGAGUUCUGUCCUACUUCCUGGGGAUUCAAGCCCUCUACUCAAAUGCUGGAGUUGCUCUCAAUCAGUCCAAAUAUGCUCAGUCUCUUCUGCAGAAGGCUGAGUUAUCAGAGUGCAAAUCUGUCUCUGCUCCUUUAUCAACCAAGCAACAAUCUUCGGCGAUCUCUGCACCAUUCUCUAACCCGGAGCUCUUCCGAAGCCUGGCCGGUUCACUUCAAUAUCUUACUAUCACCAGGCCAGAUAUUACCUUUGCAGUCAACUGCAUCUGCCAGUUCAUGCAUUGCCCUCUUGAGGUUCAUUAUCAAAUGCUCAAACGGAUUCUCCGUUAUAUCAAGGGAUCAGUAGGUCACUCACUUCAUUACACACCUGGCUCAUUAGAUCUCUCUGCAUUCAGCGACUCUGAUUGGGCAGGGGACUCAUCUGAUCGGCGGUCCACCACUGGUUAUCGUAUAUUCCUUGGAUCAAACCUCAUCUCAUGGAUCGCUAAGAAACAAUCCACUGUUGCACGAUCCUCUACUGAAGCUGAAUACAGGGCAUUGGCAAUCACCACAUCCGAAAUCAUCUGGCUCUGA